GAAGAAAUCGCAAUGUGAACCUUAACGACACAGAGAAAUCACUUUCUUCCUUACUGCGCAAUAUCAUUCGAUGAGCAAAGCGUGACACUCUGUGAAGACAAGCCCUGAAACAAUCGGCCUCGGACGCUUCCUCUCACCGGUGGGCCCUUCGAUGCCCGGAAAUCGCUUGACCGGGAGUCGUGAAGACAGAAACAUCCUGAACAAGGAGCGGAUCAAACACGAUGGAUGCAUCACUAUAUCUCUCGCGGAAUAUGCCAGUCACCGUGUCCCGAUCUGCGUCCUGGCAGACUCGAAAUCUCCUUACGCCAUUCCCUUCACUGUCCAGCGAGCCAUUCACCUACCUCCAGCGAGCCAACCGAACUUUUGGAAUCCCGUAGUCCGGACACCACCGCAUUCACAACGACCCAACCCCGAUCGAAAUGGCCUGACAAUGAGAACCACACGUGCUCCCCCGACUCCGCCCUGUACUUCCGUGCCGAUCGGCUUAGGCUGCGAGAGCGACCUGGCGGACUGGGUAGCUCUCCCCGAGGAUGUCGCUGAGCAAUCUCACCUCAAGGACGGUGAGAUGGGUACGUUGUUGAGCCUGCGCAUGGUACUCCAUGAGAUGUGCUGGAGUGUGGCGAUAAGAGGACAGAUCUCAUUAUGAGGAUGGGAACGGAUUACAUGCUUGACCGGUGGCCCGACCCUCUGUUCAUUGAUCUUGUUGGCCAAAACGAAGUCGUUCUCUGGUUGUGCUCUUGAAUUUAGGGCGGUACAACCAAGUACGCUCUCAUUGCAGUACACCCGAUGCAGCAACAGGGCUUCCCAAUCAGGCUUCUAGUCAGGGUGAGAAACGAGCUCUCAUGAAGCGCUCUCGAAGCGGAAGGACCGGAUGAAACGUCAUCCUUUCCUCGGCUCCCUUUCGCCUUCUUCUUCACCGUCUUCUCUCGACAUCAUGGACGAUGCAAGCAAGCC